UUAAAUUCAUCAGAGGAAGAAAAAAAAGAUUCACUGAAGCGCUGGGACUAACGUUAAGCCUUACAGACAGGGAAGCGACGGAGACUCCCUUUGCCUCCUCUACAGUCACUGUGAUAGGAACACCACCGGGAGGGGGAACCAUCGUAGUGUAGCUCACGGAAAUAAGAAUACAUGCCAUACGUUUCACCGAGUGGCUCGAAUUCUUGAUUCUUCGGGGACAUUAAACUAUCAAGGGCAACACAGCAAUUCAACAUGGAUGAGAUAGUCAUAGCGGGCAUAUCGGGCCGUUUGCCCGAGUCCAACGAUCUGGAGGAAUUCUGGGAAAACCUUAUUAAUGGUGUGGACAUGGUGACAGAGGACGACCGGCGGUGGACACCAGGUCUGUAUGGUCUUCCAAAGAGGAAUGGUAAACUGAAGGACAUCAGUCACUUCGAUGCAGGCUUCUUCGGAGUCCAUCCGAAACAGGCCAACACCAUGGACCCCCAGCUCCGUCUCAUGCUGGAGAUUGCCUAUGAGGCUAUUGUGGAUGGAGGACUGAACCCUGCCGCGCUGCGUGGCAGUAAGACUGGCGUUUACAUCGGGGUGAGCGGUUCUGAGGCUGGUGAGGCAUUCAGCAGAGAUCCAGAGGAGCUGCUGGGCUACAGCAUGACUGGCUGCCAGCGCGCCAUGUUGGCCAAUAGACUGUCCUACUUCUUUGACUUCAGUGGCCCCAGCACUGCCAUCGACACUGCCUGCUCCUCCAGCUUGCUGGCUUUAGAAAACGCCUUCCACGCCAUUCGGCAGGGCCAAUGUGACGCCGCUCUGGUGGGGGGAGUCAACUUGCUGCUCAAGCCAAACACCUCAGUGCAGUUCAUGAAACUGGGUAUGCUCAGCCCUGAAGGGACCUGCAAGUCUUUCGACUCAUCAGGAAAUGGAUACUGUCGUUCAGAGGCAGCGGUGGCGGUGCUGCUGACCAAGCGAUCGGUGGCUAAAAGGGUCUACGCUACAGUGAUCAACGCUGGCAACAACACAGACGGAUACAAAGAGCAAGGUGUAACGUUUCCCUCGGGUGAAAUGCAGCAGAGGCUGGUUCAUUCUCUCUACCAGGAGGUGAAUAUAGCUCCUGAGCAGGUGGAGUACAUUGAAGCCCACGGUACUGGAACAAAGGUUGGGGACCCACAGGAAGUGAAUGGCAUUGUCAGUGUGUUCUGUCAAUCAAAGCGAGAGCCUCUGCUUAUUGGCUCCACCAAAUCUAACAUGGGCCAUCCAGAACCAGCCUCUGGUCUGGCUGCCCUGGCAAAGGUGUUGCUUUCUUUGGAGCGAGGAGUCUGGGCUCCCAACCUGCACUUCAACAGUCCUAACCCCGACAUUCCCGCCCUCACCGAUGGGCGGGUCCAAGUCGUCGACCGGCCAAUUCCCAUCCGAGGAGGCAUAGUAGGCAUCAACUCAUUUGGAUUCGGGGGUUCAAAUGUUCAUGUGAUUCUUCGUCCAAACGAGAAACCAGCUGACGUAACUAUGCCGCCCAGGACGAUUCCCAGGGUGCUUCAAGCCUGUGGGCGCACAGAGGCUGCAGUGAACAGCAUGCUCCAAAAUGGGAGGGAACACAGUGCAGAUGACAGCUUCCUGUCUUUGUUGAAUGAGAUCUCAGGAGUUCCCCCUGCCAGCAUGCCCUAUCGAGGCUACACUCUGAUUGACUCUCAGAGCGAUGUCACAGAAGUGCAGCAGGUGCAGACCUCUACCAGGCCGCUCUGGUUUAUCUGUUCAGGAAUGGGAACACAGUGGGCAGGUAUGGGCCGCAGCCUCAUGCAGCUGCCAGACUUCAGAGAGUCCAUCCUGCGGUCAGACGUAGCCCUUAAGGACACCGGCCUGGUAGUGUCUCGUCUGCUCAUGGAGGCUGACGACACCACUUUUGAAGACACUGUUCAUGCCUUUGUUGGCCUCGCUGCCAUACAGAUCGCUCAGAUUGACCUGCUCACUAAGAUGGGUCUGCAGCCUGACGGCAUCAUAGGGCACUCCGUAGGAGAACUGGCCUGUGGCUAUGCUGAUGGCUCCCUCAGUCACACUGAGGCCAUCCUGGCUGCCUACUGGAGAGGCCGCUGCAUCAAGGAGGCCAACCUUCCUCCAGGAGGCAUGGCUGCAGUCGGCUUGACCUGGGAGGAGUGUACUGCUCAGUGUCCUCAGGGGGUCGUCCCCGCCUGCCACAACGCUGAGGACACUGUCACCAUCUCUGGUCCUCAGGAGGCAAUCAGUAAAUUUGUGUCUGAGCUAAAGGAGCAGGGAGUGUUUGCAAAAGAGGUACGAAGUGCCGGCGUCGCUUUCCAUUCCUACUACAUGGCCUCCAUCGCUCCUGCCUUGCUGGCUGCUCUAAAGAAGGUGAUCAAGGAGCCGCGGCAGCGUUCACCCCGCUGGGUGAGCACCAGCAUCCCUCAGUCCGAGUGGCACUCUCCUCUGGCUCUGUACAGCUCAGCUGACUACCAUGUUAACAACCUGGUGAGCCCUGUGCUGUUCCAGGAGGGCCUCAGUCUGGUUCCUGAAAAUGCUGUGGUGGUGGAGAUAGCUCCUCAUGCUCUGCUGCAGGCCAUCCUGAAGCGUAGUCUGAAGCACACGUGUUCCAUCCUCCCCCUGAUGAAGAGAGGCCACAGCAACAACCUUGAGUUCUUCCUCUCAAACAUUGGCAAAAUCUACAUGAAUGGCAUCAGUGUAGAUGGUAAUGGCCUGUGCCCAGCAGUGAAGUACCCUGUGCCGGUUGGUACCCCUUUGAUUUCCCCAUUGGUGCACUGGGACCAUGCCCAGACCUGGGAUGUCCCCAAGGUGGAGCAUUUUUCCUCUGGCUCAGGAGGAUCCAAUUCUGCCACCAUCUAUAACAUCGACAUUAACCCAGAGUCUGCAGACUAUUACUUGAUUGGACACUGCAUUGAUGGCCGUGUCCUCUACCCGGCCACGGGUUAUCUGGUACUGGCCUGGCGUACCUUUGUGAGAAGUCUGGGGCUUGUCAUGGACGUCACCCCUGUAACUUUCGAGGAUGUCACCAUCCACAGAGCCACCAUUCUACCAAAGACCGGCUCUGUCCAGUUGGAAGUGCAUCUCAUGCCUGCCACUAGCAGGUUUGAGGUUUCAGAGAAUGGGAACCUGGCUGUCAGUGGUAAGGUGAGCAUUCUAGAGGAUGCAGGCCUUGAAUCAUUCCAUAGUCAGAUAAGUCGGAAAGCUGCCAGCAAUGAUGAAGACCCCAAAAUGAAGCUUACAGCACAUGAUAUCUACAAAGAGCUGCGACUGCGCGGCUAUGACUAUGGGAAGACCUUCCAAGGCAUCCUGGAGUCCAACAAUGCAGGAGACAGCGGGAGGCUGCUGUGGACAGGAAACUGGGUGACUUUCCUGGACACCAUGCUGCAGAUGCUCGUGGUCGGGCUGUCGGGCCGCAGUCUGCGUUUGCCAACCAGAAUCCGCUCAGUGUGCAUUGAUCCAGCUGUCCAUCCAGAGAAGAUCUGCGAGUAUGCCGAUGGAAAGCAAGCUGUGGAUGUCCACAUAAACCGCUGCCUUGACAACAUUGUUGCUGGUGGAGUCCAGAUCUGCGGUCUGCAUGCCACUGUGGCCCCACGUCGGCAGCAGCAGCAGAGUCCCCCCACCCUGGAGGAGUUUGUGUUUGUUCCCUAUGUGGAGACAGAGUGCUUGACGGCCAAUGGGAAACAUGCAGAGCAGCUGAGGCUCUGCAAAGGUUUAAUUCACAGACUGCAGCAAAAGCUUGCCCCUCACGGUGUCAAGCUCUCCAUCCCUGGGCUACAAGGGGAGUCAGACAGCCCUCUUCCCAGCACUGAGUCUUCUCAGCCCGGCCUGGUGCGGCUGUUGUCCCUCCUCUGCAGCUUGGAACUGAACGGGAAUCUUCACUCUGAGCUGGAGCAGACGGUGGAGAAGGAGAGGGCAUGUCUGCUGCAGGACAGCCUGCUGCAGGGCCUGCUAGAUAACCCUGCCCUCAGACACUUCCUGGACAUCACCAUGGAAAACAGCAUGCCCGGCAAGAUCAAAGUCCUGGAGGCUCUCUCCAACGAUGGCCAACUCUUCUCUCGCGUGGUGCCUCUCCUCAACAUCCAGCCCAUGCUACACGUAGACUACACAGCCACGGCAACCAACCUGGAUCUUCUGACCCCCCACCAAGCCAAACUGGAGGAGCUGGCAGUCACUGCAGCUCAGUGGGAUCCCCUGAUGGGCCCAGUUCCUGGCGGUGCAGUAGGAGGGGCAGACCUAGUGGUGUGUAACCACGCCUGGGGCCCUCUGAGGAUGGACCCUGGCCUGCUGAUGGCAAAUCUGUCUUCUGGAGCCAAACAAGGAGGGUUUGUUCUACUCCACACCCUGCUGAAGGGAGAAACUCUGGGGGAAACAGUUGCCUUCCUUUCCAGCACUGGUCAGAGCAGCAGCCAGCAAGGACUACUCACACAGGCUGAGUGGGAGAAGGUGUUCUCUGAGGCCUCCCUCAGCCCGGUGGCUGUCAGGAAGUCUUUUUACGGCUCGGCCCUCUUUCUUUGUCGAUGUCGACCUCCAAGCAAACAGCCCAUUUUCCUUCCUGUGGACAGUACUGACUACAAAUGGGUGGAAACACUCAAGACAAUGAUGGCAGAGUCAUCCGAUUGUCCAGUGUGGUUGACUGCCUCUCAGGCUAACUGUGGCAUUGUGGGAAUGGUCAACUGUCUGCGACAGGAGCCAGGUGGCAACCGAAUACGCUGUUUGUUUGUGUCCAAUCUAAACGAGUCUUCAGUAUCACCCAGCCUCCAGCCGACCCAGAAGUCCAUGCAGUCGGUUCUGGAGAGGGAUCUGGUAAUGAACGUGUUCAGAGAGGGACACUGGGGUGUCUUCAGACACCAGCUCAUCACGCGCGAUCUAAAUGAGGAGCUGACAGAGCAGGCCUACAUCAACGUGUUGACUCGAGGUGACCUGUCUUCUCUGAGAUGGAUUGCCUCUCCGCCCUGCCACUCUGUGGCCCCCAACCCUAACAUGCUACAAUGUAGUGUCUACUAUAGCUCGCUCAACUUCAGAGAUAUAAUGCUCGCCACCGGCAAAUUGCCACCAGACGCUAUUCCAGGGGACCUAGCUCUGCAACAGUGCAUGUUGGGUAUGGAGUUUUCUGGUCGUGACCCCAUCGGUCGGCGUGUGAUGGGACUGCUACCUGCUAAAGGCCUGGCAACAAAUGUUGAUGCAGACAAACGGUUCCUAUGGGAUGUUCCCUCCAGCUGGACUCUGGAGCAGGCAGCCUCUGUGCCAGUGGUUUACGCCACAGCCUACUACUCUCUGGUGGUGCGCGGCAGGCUCCGCCAAGGAGAGACUGUUCUCAUCCACUCAGGUUCGGGGGGCGUCGGCCAGGCCGCCAUCGCCAUAGCGCUCAGCAAGAAAUGCAAAGUCUUCACUACAGUCGGCUCGGCAGGGAAGCGGGCCUACCUCCAGGAGAGGUUCCCUGAGCUCUCGGCAGAGUCUUUUGCUAACUCCAGAGACACCUCUUUUGAACAACACAUCUUGCUCCACACACAUGGCAAAGGCGUGGAUGUGGUGCUGAACUCUCUGGCUGAGGAGAAGCUGCAGGCUAGCAUCCGCUGCCUCGCCCGCCACGGACGAUUCCUGGAGAUUGGCAAAUACGACCUGUCCAACAACUCUCCGCUGGGCAUGGCUCUUUUCCUGAAGAAUGUAGCAUUCCACGGCAUCCUGCUGGAUGCUCUCUUUGAAGAGGGUAACCGGGAGUGGGAGGAAGUGUCCCAGCUCCUGAAGGAAGGCAUUAUGGGAGGUGUGGUUCAGCCUCUAAAGACCACGGUGUUUGAGAGGGAUCAGGUGGAGGAAGCAUUCAGAUAUAUGGCUCAGGGGAAGCACAUUGGCAAAGUCGUUCUGCAGGUCCGUCAUGAGGAGAAGGGUGCAGCAGUCCAGACUGCCUCACCUUUGUCUCUUCCAGCUAUCUGUCGCACUUUCUGCAUUGGCUCCCAUUCGUACAUUAUCACUGGUGGACUGGGGGGCUUCGGUCUGGAGCUUGCUCAGUGGCUGAUGGAGAGAGGAGCCCGCAAACUGGUGCUGACUUCCAGAUCAGGCAUCAGGAACGGUUAUCAGGCAAAGCGAGUAAGUGAAUGGCGGAGUCAAGGCGUAGAGGUGUUGGUGUCGACCAACAAUGUCAGCACGCAGGAGGGAACAGAGCAGCUCAUUGCUGAAGCUGGCACACUGGGCCCAGUGGGCGGCGUCUUCCACCUCGCCAUGGUGCUGAAAGAUGGCAUGUUGGAGAAUCUGACCCCUCAGCUCUUCCUUGAUGUGAACAAACCUAAAUAUGAUGGCACUGUAAACCUGGACAAAGUGACAAGGAGGUUGUGUCCAGAACUCAGGUACUUUGUGGCCUUCUCCUCAGUCAGCUGCGGGCGUGGCAAUGCUGGCCAAAGCAACUAUGGUUACGCCAACUCAACCAUGGAGCGCGUGUGCGAAAAGCGCCGCUACGAUGGCUUACCCGGACUGGCGGUCCAGUGGGGUGCCAUUGGCGAUGUGGGCGUGGUGCUGGAGACUAUGGGUGGCAAUGACACAGUGAUUGGUGGCACCCUGCCACAGCGAAUUGCAUCCUGUAUGGAGGUGCUGGACCUCUUCCUGAGCCAGCAGCAGCCAGUGAUGUCCAGCUUCGUCCUGGCAGAGAGAACGGUGGUAAAGAGCGAUGCAGGAAGCCAGAGAGACUUGGUGGAUGCUGUAGCUCACAUUCUAGGCGUGCGUGAUGUGAACAGCCUGAACGCAGACGCCUCAUUGGCUGACCUGGGCUUGGACUCCUUGAUGGGUGUGGAGAUUCGCCAGACUCUGGAGCGUGACUACGACAUUGUCAAGGCCAUGAGAGAGAUCCGUCAGCUCACCAUCAACAAGCUGCGAGAGCUGGCCAAUAAUAAGCCAGGAGGAUCAAAUGAAUCUCACCGCGCUACAUUGAAGAGGGAUGGCAUCCACGCUUUGUUGGAGUCAGAUCUCACCCAGCUAUUAGUCAACCCCAGUGGCCCCACGGUGACACCACUCAACAAGAUUCAGAGCCAGGAGAGGCCACUUUUCCUGGUCCAUCCUAUUGAGGGCUCCAUUGUCGCCUUCAAGACGCUUGCCUCCAAGCUCAGUGUGCUUUGUUAUGGCCUGCAGUGCACGAAAGCUGCUCCCCUGGACAACAUCCAGUCCCUGGCAGCCUACUAUGUGACCUGCAUCAAACAGGUUCAGCCAGAGGGGCCAUAUCGAAUCGCCGGCUACUCCUUUGGUGCCUGCGUGGCAUUUGAAAUGUGCUCUCAGCUGCAGACCCAGAGCCAGUCUGUGGAGUACCUCUUUCUCUUUGAUGGAUCACACUCCUAUGUGGCAGCGUACACACAGAGCUACAGAGCCAAGCUGACACCAGGGAACGAGUCUGAAGCUGAAACCGAAGCCCUGUGCGCCUUCAUCCAGCAGUUCACCGGCAUCGAGUACAACAAGCUUCUGGAGACUCUUCUCCCGCUAUCAGACCUGGAGGCCCGUGUCAACGUGGCAGUGGACCUAAUCACCUCCAGCCACAAGAACAUUAGCCGAGACUCGCUGCACUUUGCUGCCACCACCUUCUACUACAAACUAAAGGCUGCUGAUAGCUAUGUGCCCGCCACAAAAUACCAUGGCAACGUGACACUGCUGCGAGCCAAAACCAGCAGCGAGUACGAACAAGACCUGGGAGCUGACUACAAGCUCAGUGAGGUAUGUGAUGGCAAGGUGUCGGUCCAUGUCAUCGAGGGCGACCACCGUACCUUCCUGGAGGGAGAGGGGGUGGAGUCCAUCAGCAGCAUCAUCCACAGUUCACUGGCUGAGCCGCGGGUCACUGCAAGGGAGGGCUAGAUAAGCCCCAUCCAACCACAACCUUCACCCUCCCACUAAUUCCACAACAUUCCCAAAAUGGGCCUCAUCCUCCAAUUAGUUUACACUGUAGGUUUAACUUACAUAAAAAGUUAAACAGUAUAUGAUACAUUAUGUUGUUGCAAACAGCAUGUUUACAUUGUGUGCCAUUUUGACAUAAUAUCCCAAAAGCACCUUAUUCCUCCUUACUGCACCUUUUCAAAUCUCAUUGGUCAAGUCACGCGAUAGACACUCUCCCUAACCUAUCAGAGCACUUAGCCGGUAUCUUCCUAUUGGGUAAAUUAAGUAUGCUGUCUUAUGUAAUUAAGAAGUGUUUUCACAAUUGAGAGUAAUAAUGUUGAAUUGGCACUGAGUGACCUCCAAAGACCACACAGUCUAUGGAGGGGUUUGUUUAUAAUUCAAAGAGCAAGAUCAGAUCAGUACUCCUGAAAUACUCAUAAACCUAUAUACUAAUGAAAUCAUUAUGCACGGUUGUAACCUCUCUACUAUAACUGUUGGACAUUAAAAUGUGGUUGCUGUUAAAAAUCACAGAGCACCUUGUCUUGGUGCAGAUCAGCUGUAUUUCUGUGAUGUGAUGCAGCUUCAAUGCAACAAACAAGUGAAUCAUGUUAUCUGGCUUCGCCUCUCAGUCUGUUAUUUGUGCGCAUUAACAGUCAGCUUCCCCGUGCCAUUUAGGUAAUGAGCAAUCUCUCAUCUACAAUGUUGACAGUUAUUACUUUUAUCCUGCAGUACUAAUACAGUUAGUAGAAAAUGAAGUAGUUGUAUUAACCAGACAGAUAACCUGUUGUAGGAGACCUGGAAGCCUGACUUAUAGUGAACUGUUCACAAAAUGACAUCAUACAGUGUUGUGAAAACACUAUGCAGAUAUCUGAUUAGUCCAGGUCGACUGUUCUCGCCUGAUUAACCUGUUGAGUUAAUUGGGUGCAAACAAAUAGUGGACUUGGUGAAAACCAGUGAAAGUUAACAGUUUUUUAAUAGACCCAUAGCGAUGUACUGAAUAGGUUUGUUACACACAUAACUGUCUCACUAAUUUUUUGCAUCUUUUCCUAAAUUAGCUUUUAGGUUCUAAAUGACUAGUAAGGUGCUUGUUGUAUGUGGACAUAACUGGUCUGAACAGCAGGGGGAGGGUAUCCCCACUGUAAUGGGAUUUUAGCUGAAAAAGCUGUCUCUGACUCCCAUGAAUUCACCUGGUUUCAUAACCCUCAGCAAGUAUUCCAGUCCCACAAAACAGCAGCCAGCCUGACUUCUGAGGCCUCUUAUCUGGUCUAUGAAGGGUCACGUGACUGGAGGCAAAGGUGGUGACUGAUUGCAGUGAAAAGGAGAAGGAAGUGACAGUGUAUGAUCUUCUCUUGUGUUGUAAUAUUUCCAGUAUGUAUUGUUACAACUAAUAAAGGCAUCUCUC